AUGGAGACCUUCUCUCUGCUGCUGCUUGGUCUGGGGUUGGUUCUUGCAGGAACUUCAGAAGUAACGGAGAUCAUUAAAGAAUUUUCAGAGGAAGAGGUGCAAUAUGACAUGGUAAAAAGUGGCCGAGAGGUAUUAGUGAACUUGACCCUGUUAGAUAAAAAUACCAGCUUCAGCAUGUCCAAAGAUGUUUUUCCUUACUCACCACUGACAUUCAGAAAGUUAUGUUACAGUGUUCCUAAAGGAAACAGGCCAGGUAAUGACAAAGAGAGUUACAAUAAUAUGACUGACUGGAGAAAAGUUUUAGAAGCUAAUGGGUCAUGCAAAAUUAGCAAUAUUUUCAUUCAUGACUCCAUGGAAGUGAUCCACGGGGUCCACAAGGCCCCCAGCUGCACAUGUGGACAGAGUCCUGGCAUAAGCUGCUGUGAGAGCACAGAACUGGAGAACACUAUGUGCCAGCUCACUACACGCAAACAACACGACCGGUGCCAAUACCACAGUGUUACUUCAUUGAAGAAGAUGUUGAUAGUGCUGACAGGUCAUUCUCUGAUGAGCUGGUUAGUUAGUGGCUCUAAAUUGUAA